GUCCAUCUUAUGGAACCAAGUCCCUAUCCUCCUCAGUUGUCCCUCUUAUGGAACCAAGUCCCUCUGUCCCCAUCUCCUCUUCAGUUAUCCCUCUUCCAUCUCCUCUUCAGUUAUCCCUCUUAUGGAACCAAAUCCCUCUGUCCCCAUCUCCUCCUCAGUUGUCCCUCUUAUGGAACCAAGUCCCUUUGUCCCCAUCUCCUCCUCAGUUGUCCCUCUUAUGGAACCAAGUCCCUCUGUCCCUGUCCUCCUCAGUUAUCCCUCUUAUGGAACCAAGUCCCUCUGUCCCUG